ACACCACUGUUCAAUAAGUGAAGGUACUGUUCGAUAGCUCCGCUCCAUGUUUUCAGCGCUUCCCCUUCCUUUCCACUGAACUCCAACCCUCGCUCUCUCUAUCAGCUUCUCAUUCCGUCUCAAUAUGUCUCAAGAUGGCGGCCAAUGCGGGAUCGAUGUUUCAAUAUUGGAAGCGGUUUGAUUUACAACAAUUACAGAGGGAACUCGAUGCCACCGCUACACAGCUAGCCAACAGACAAGAUGAGAGCGAGCAGUCCAGAAAGAAACUCAUCGACCAGAGCCGCGACUUCAAGAAGAACACAGCCGAGGAUAUCCGGAAACAGGUGGCUCCACUGCUGAAGAGCUUCCAGGGAGAGAUUGAUGCCUUAAGCAAAAGAAGUAAAGAAGCUGAAGCUGCCUUCUUGAACGUCUACAAGAAGUUAAUCGAUGUCCCAGACCCCGCCCCGGCUCUGGAGCUGAGCCAGCAGCUGCAGCUGAAACUCCAGCGGAUGCACGACAUCGAGACAGAGAACGUGAAACUCAGAGAGACCCUGGAGGACUACAACAAAGAGUUUGCAGAUGUCAAAAACCAGGAGGUGACGAUUAAAACACUCAAGGAGAAGAUCCGGGAGUAUGAGCAAUCGCUGAAGAUCCAGGCGGAGGUCCUGGCCCAGGAGAAACAGCUGCAGAUCCAUAAUGACUACGCUGAGAAGGAGAGAAAGCUCCAGGAGAGCCAGGAAUCCAUGUCCUCUAAGCUGGAUGAGGCCGACCACAAGGUCCAUACCCUACAGACAGCACUUGAAGCAACUCAGGCGGAGCUCUUCGAUCUGAAGACCAAGUAUGACGAGGACUGCACAGCAAAGGCCGAUGAGAUUGAAAUGGUAAUGACCGACCUGGAGAGAGCCAAUCAGAGGGCGGAGGCAGCAGAGAGGGAGGUGGAUGCUCUAAAGGAGCAGCUGACUUCUUCCAACCAAUCCCUGCAGCUGACUACCCAGAUCCAGAGCACUCCGGACAUGGAUCAGACAGUGGAGACAGUGUCACGAUCCAGUCUGGAGGCAGAGCUGGCGGCCAAGGAGAGGGAGAUGGUUCAGUUGGUGGAAGACGUCCAGAGACUGCAGGCCAGCUUGUCCAAACUCAGAGAGAGCUCAUCCACACAGAUCUCACAGCUAGAACUUAAACUCAGCACCAAGACAGCCACCCUUAAGCAACUGGAGGAGAAGCUGCAGGACCAGGCCGACUAUGAAGAGAUUAAGAAAGAGCUGAGCAUCCUCAAGUCAAUGGAGUUUGGUCCGUCAGACAACACAGUCCAGGACCUGUCUAAGCCUCUGGAAGUGCUGCUGUUGGAGAAGAACCGCAGUCUUCAGUCAGAGAGCUCCUCUCUACGCAUCGCCAACACUGAGCUGAGUGGGUCAGCCGGGCGGAAAGGGAAAGAGGCGACCGCGGAGGAGACCGCGCGCAGUGCCCCCUCCCUGCCUCCUCCACUCCUACCCCCUUCCCCCAAACUCCUCCUGCCCCGGACCCCCUCCGAUCCCCCGAAAACUUCUGCCGCCAACGGGACUCACCCCUUCGCCCCCACGGGCAUUGGCCAGGACUAUUACAGCCACGCUUUCCCGCUGGCGGGGGGAAAGAUGGCCCUCAGCUCUCUCCUGCAGCGCCAGCUCAUGCAGACUUUCUACUCCAAAGCCCUGCAGGAGUCUCAGGGAGCCGCGCUGCUGUUCGCCCCCGUCCACUUCAACCCCGCCCCCGUCCCAGCCAGCCCCCUCCCCCCCCAGCAGUCUCCCUCAAGCCCAGAGGUCAACGGCGGUGGCGGCGCCCCGUCCCCCAGCCAAUCGGAGGGAACCGGAGGCAGCGUGUCCGAUGGGGAGGACAUGGACACAUCGGAGAUCGCCCGGCAGAUCAAAGAGCAGCUGAUCAAACACAACAUCGGCCAGCGGGUGUUCGGACAUUACGUGUUGGGCCUGUCCCAGGGCUCGGUCAGCGAGAUCCUGGCGCGGCCCAAACCCUGGAACAAGCUGACCAUACGUGGGAAGGAGCCCUUCCACAAGAUGCGGCAGUUCCUGUCAGACGAGCAGAACAUCCUGGCGCUGCGCAGCAUCCAGGGGCGGCAGAGAGAGAGCCCAGGCCAGCCCCUUAGCCGCGCAUUACAGGACACACCGAAGCGGAGAGCCAGCUCCGACCACGCCUCGCGGACAGGUAACAUCACCACACGCAUUCGUACUCCAGAGAGUGGAUCAGACGAGGCCAUCAAGUCCAUCCUGGAGCAGGCCAAGAGAGAGCUGCAGGUGCAGAAAUCUACAGACUCAUCCUACGGUGUGUCGUCCAACGCGGGGCUGAGAGGCGGCGGCGGAGGAGGUUCGGACGAGGCCAUUCGCUCCAUACUAGAACAAGCUCGAAGAGAGAUGGAGACACAGCAGGCCGCCGUGGAGCCCAUCCUCAAAGCCUCGUCCUCCUGCUCCUCUACCACCUCCUCCCUCUCCCAGAGAGACCUCUUGGUCUCCCAUCUGGCUGCCUCCCUCCCAGCCUACACCCCUCACGCCCUAUCCCUGAAGAAGACCGCCCUGCCGGCUUCGCCCUCUUCCCCACCGCCGGCAGUCCUGGACUACAGCCCCGGCGUGAAGAGGGAGGACAGGGGAGUGGGCCAGGACUGCCUUACAGACGGGGCGCCCAGGCUAGGUCGGAGCUCCGAAGGAUCGACCCGGGCCGGAGGGGGCCCCUGGAGGGACCAGUGGUGGAGCAACAUGCAGCCUGAGCCCCGAAAAUCUACACUUCCACCCGGGGGAGAGGAAAAUCACACUCAGGAGGACUCUAAAGAGGCUCUGGCUCUGGCCCUAGGAAGUAUGUGCGACGGCCUUGGCUCUCGGCGUAAACCCUGGAGCAAGACCAACUCCAGAGGACUCCGAAUGCAGCUGUGGCUCAACGGCGACCUGGGACAGAACACACCCGGCCCGCCCACUCUCAACCAAGCAGAGGGCACCCCGAGUCAGACGUCAGCUAGCUGCAGCCCGGCACCAGAGUCUCCCCUCAGCUCUGCCGAGGAGUCGCUGAACGGUUCAGGAGGAGACCAGGCACCCCAGGCCCCAUCUCUGGAGACCCCGUCGGGUGAGCCCUCAGGGGGUGAGUCCCAGCCCGGCACACCCCUGCCCCUCCCCGGCCCAGUCACGGGCCUCAGCAUCCAGGAGACCGUGGCCACAUCCCCAGAGCUGGACACCUACGUCAUCACCAAGAAGGUCAAGGAGGUGUUGACAGACAACAACCUCGGGCAGCGUCUAUUCGGGGAAAGUAUCCUUGGCCUGACCCAGGGCUCCGUGUCGGACCUGCUGGCUCGGCCCAAGCCCUGGCACAAGCUCAGCCUGAAGGGACGCGAGCCCUUUGUUCGCAUGCAGCUCUGGCUUCAGGAUCCACACAAUGUGGAGAAACUCAUGGACAUGAAACGCCUGGAGAAGAAAGCUUAUCUGAAAAGACGUCACAGUUCGCUAAGUGAUGGUCAUUCUGUGGAUGGCAGCUUGGCAGGGCCAGAGUUUCUCCAGAGCUCCAGUCCCCAGCACCAUCCAGCUGCCCAGCCGUACCAGAAGAAGGUCCGGGUAGUCCUAGGUCCGGAGGAGAAGGAGGCCCUCAAGAGGGCUUAUCAGGAGAAGCCCUACCCUUCCCCGAAAACCAUUGAGGAGCUGGCCUCCCAGCUCAACCUCAAAACCAGCACCGUCAUUAACUGGUUUCACAACUACAGGUCUCGGAUCCGCCGGGAGCUCUUCAUUGAGGAAAUACAGGCCGCCGGGGCGGCUAAGGCGGGGGAGGGCGACAGCUGUGACGGGACUGAGUCGGACAGCGCCAUGGAGGGCCGGCAUGGCUGUCCUGCCGGGCCGGAGGAGAACAGAGGUGCCUCUGAGGACCAAGACGGGCCGGAAGCUGGGGUUUCGGCUGGAUCCCCCGCACAGAGAAACGGCACUACCUCAAGCUCGGUCAGCAGCGGCCUCUUCAGCGUCUCUGAGGCGGGUCUCUCUCUCUCUGUCCCAGUCAACCACAACUCAGCACCGGUCAGGAGCCCCAGGGACAAUACACUGCGCAAGAAGAAAGCCGCCAACCUCAACAACAUCAUCCACAGGUUGGAGAAGGCAGCCGUCAAAGAAGACCCCUCGGAGUGGGAGUUUUGAAACCCCCCCCCCCUUUCCCACCCCUCACGACCUCACAACCUCUACCCUUUGCCCCUUUCCCCAUGCUCUUCUCCUAUUGGACAGAAGAGGGCACAGCCAAAGCCAAGCUCAAUGGCCAUUUUUAUACACAGUCUCGUUCCCUCUGCAAAAGAAGAGAGGAAGCAGUCGAAAGGCUGUGAAAUUUAAGAAGAUAUAAUCUAGUCAGAAAGAAGUCUAAGAGGGAAUCGAAGGUUCUCUUUUUAUAUGGAGUUUUAUUUCUACUGAGAAAGGCACUUAGUCAUCCUGUUGGCCACCGGACCUUCUGUAAACCCCAAAUACCAGCAGCUACCAGCAGGCUGCUCCGCAAACAGACAUGCUUACCUAAGCUGAGGUUAAACCCAGAGCUGGCCCCGGACUGGAACCGUGGCUGUUUCAAAAGACAGAUACUUGCACUCCAACUGGAGGAGAAUCUAACAUGUUCAUUUAAAGGAGAAACGUUCCUGUUUUCUUUUAACCUGUUGUGUCCGCAAACCUCCCCUCACGUAGUGAGCCGACCCAUUUUUCCCUGACACUGUUGAGUGACUGUUACAAACCUUUUGCCUUCUUCACUCUCCACAGGCAUUUGUGUGUUCUAUUUGAAGGGCGGCAUUACUUUUGAACCUCGUUACUCCGUUUUGUGUAUGCUUGGCUGAGAAGCGAGACAAUUCCUCAGACGAAGACUCAAACCUGAAAAGGUCCAAGUUCCCGUAGUUACUGAAGGGCAGAACGAACAUUGUCCUCUGUGAGACCAUGCGGAUGGCCAUGCAAUGGCACCGGGGGGGGGGGGGCUCUCUGGUACACAACUCAUCCGAAGAGGAACCACCAUUUUGUUUCGUAGCGCACGCCUCAGAGGAAGAUUCUUUUUAUAUAGCAAUUUGGUUGCCGUCAAGAGAUUGCACAGUCUUGUUGACUCUAAAGAGUACAAGUUUGGGGAGGGGGUUACAAAAGUGUAAAAGAGUUCCAAAAUCAAGUUUUAAACAUAUAUAUUAUGAAACAUCAUAGUAGCUAACAUAGGGGAAACGCUGUCACGGUUGGGGCUUGUAGGUGCACAAGUCAACUCUUUAACAAGCCUACUCUCUCUGGCCUUUCAGUCACUGCCCAUGGUUUCCUCACAAACCGUGUUUUCGCAGGCCAAAUCAGGUGUGGGACGUGAUCCACGGACCUAUGUAAGUAGGGUUUUAAAGGUUAGGGGUGGAAUGCGGGGGCAGGUCACCCAGUACCUCCAAGGUUGGGUUGUUUGCGCUGGGUGCAGCAUUAAAUACACACAGGCAGGGGAACAGAGGUGGACUGAGUUUAAGAGCUUUACCCAGCGGCUCACAAUGAGGCCCCACACAACACCAACACUCCACACACACACACACACACACACCAUGCUCCAUUUAAUUCCCCUGUCCUUCACUCUACACUAGUUUUUUGGUCACAUGACGUGCGGCAGCUACGUGCGCGUGUCUGUUUGUCCUUCGUACUGUAGAUAUUACUAUUAACGAGCCCUCCACAGCAACCUCUCAGUGCCUGUCAGCCCACUGCCUUUUCCGUCGUGAGUGUGUUUUAUUUACAUUUUAGUUUGGUUUCUGAUGGGGUCGUUUCUCGUAUGUACUUUCACACACUUAGAGUGCACAACUGCCACCCAUCUCCCUGUACGAUAAGCUGUUUUCUGGGUUACUAUUACCAUUAUUAUAAUUAUUAUUAUUAUUAUUAGUCGUGACACCAUGAAGUAGUGGAUUGUUAUAUCAUUUACUGUAGGCUCUUUUUAUGGUCAUUUCUUACACACAGAGUUUGGUUUUUAUUCCGCUUAUUUAUAGGUGCUGUAUUUUUCAUUUGAUGUCUUAUUUGAGUUUUUGUUUUUAUUGCGCAAGGGAUUACCUGAGGGCAAGUAACAUUUUUAUUAGAUUGAUAGACUGCCGGCAGUAUUGGGUAAUAUUUACGAGAUGUAGUUUAUAGUUCUUAUAUGUUUGUAUAUUCACAAAUUCUGAAGUUUUAUUCAAAGUGUCGUUUUAAAAGAAAUGUGACUUUCCAUACAGGCUCGCAGGCAUUAAUUGUGUAAGUCACAACGCUCGUUCUCUUUAUCGUUGAAUCAAACGAUAUGUCUUGAAGACAAGAUCACAGAAUAUCUACUUGCCCUGUCUCCAAGAUGACAGAAUAUCUCAUAGCAUUAUCUCCAAGAUAACAGAAUAAUUCCUAGUAUCAUCUCCAAGAUCACAAAAUAAUUUCCUAGCAUUAUCUCCGAGAUCACAAAAUAUCUUCAAGCACUGUCAAAUAUCAUUCAAUAUUUCCAAGCACUAUGUCGAAGAUCACAGACUAUGCCCUUGCACCAUCUCAGAGAUCAUAGAACGUUUCCUAGCACUAUCUCAAAGAUCAUAGAAUAUGUUCCUAGCUCAGACUUCUUCAAUGAAACGGGUUGUUUUAAAUUAUUACGUUCCCCAUUAGCUUUUGCCCAAGCAGCAGCUAUUCCACCUGGUUGCCACAAAAAAAAAAGAAUAUAUAUAUAUAUUGAAUACAACAAAAGUAAAUCUGACAAUACCAAAAAAGGUCCCACGCUACAAGUUAGUUCUGUCUGUGUGCUGCGUGAAUUUCUCACAGUCCCUGUUGCCAUGAGAUGUUCUCUGGUUGGAAAAUCUCUCAACAACCACUGAGAUUGUCUUGUUGGGGUGACUCCAAUGCUGCUACCAGGAGGGGUGUGGUAGCAGGAUCCACAAGUUAGCAUGCUGACUUUCCCUAAAUGUUCUCAAAUAACUUUGAAAGAGUCCGAAACAGACAUGGUCUAAUCUUCGUAAGUAAAACAGACAGUAUAUCACUGAAAAUGUGGUUAAAUAUGUAACUUAGAAAGAGAAGAAUCGUUGGUUCUUUCUGGUUGUUUUUGUGGUCUUACUCUUUGAUCCUGGCAUGGGUCAUCCAUCAAAGGUCCCCUGAUACACACCCCUGCUAUUUGAAAAACGCCAUUCAGUAACUUCAGCAAGUAGCAUGGGCUUUAGAUCAGAUUAAUCAAAGCGACACUUUGCUGGCGACCGCUUAUGUGCGUCCAAAUUGCAUCAUAUAAUUACAUGUAUUGAUAGAAAAUUGAGUGUUGACAGUCUCUUAAGGAUUUGUUUCUACCAAAUUGGAGAUAAGGAAAUAAGGAAGUGUUACCUUAAAAAGUCGAGUUCCCUUUGUUCUCAGCAAUGUCCCUAACAAUAUUGAUCUCUAUGGCCUACCUUAGUUUCAAAGCACUAUCCGUCCACACGCGACACUACUCUGGAUUUAUCAGAUAUAGCAAGGCUCCUACGCUUUGGUAGAAGCAGCAUACAUAUCUGUAGCAGCCAUAAUGUAAACCAAGCACUUAUAGUAUCUGGGAACUGCCAAGCAAACCCUGCCUCAUUUUCAGCACUCCAAGGAACUCUGGGAAAUGUAUGCCUUCCACACUGGUUAAACCAAGUCCUCUCUCUAGAGGACCAAGGCCUCACGCUUACAAAAUGCUUAUUUUAUAUUGCGUGAAACAACACUGCACUUAACAGGCAGCACCAAGGGAAUCCAGUUCUAAACCAAGGCCCUUAUAUUCAAAGUGCUGGUCUGUGUUUUCUCGUAAAAUUUACCCUUUUGGAGAAAUGUACACUUUCCCCCACUACUGGUGACCACCCAAAAGCAUUCCCAGAGUUCCAAUUCAGAUUGAACAUAAAUUGCUAGGUAAAUGUAUGCAUGCUGUGGUCUUAUUAAAUGUCCCCCACCCCAUGAGAAAUGGGACAUGUUUCUCAAUUUGUCAGAAGUACGGUUCAGUAUUUUCUAUGUGCGCAUCAUAUUGCAAUGACCUCUAGCAAUUCUCCACUUAUUUUCAAUGGCACAAUAGUCACCUCCCGGCCAAUGUCACUGAAGGACUGAAGAAAAGGUCAGCUCGUCUUCAGCCACUUUGAAACUCCUCCGCACGGUCAGAUUUAUCUCGCCCCUUCGUCUCUCUUCUCUCUAAGCCUCAUCUGCUAAUUACAGACACAUUCUGUCCUGCCUGGGCUUUGGACAAACCCUCCUGGCUUUAUCAAGCAGAGUUUUAUAGCUCUAAGCAGGUUGUUGUUUUUUCUGGUCCUCCAGACACAGGUCAUCCGAGGGUGUGAUCAUACAUGUUAUGGGCAGCUGAUGUCUUUUGAAGGGUGGUUCGGCCUGUGUGACAGGAGAAUAGGCAGGGAGGCUGCAAUUCCAUCUACUUUUCUUGAAUAGUGGUGCUUCUCUUCUAUUUGUAGGAUGGCUACACAAAUACAGUGCAUUUCAUACUGUGCUCUUUUGGACAUCCUCUUUGCUGGUUGUGUACUGGAACAGUUAGGCCCAGUGUGGACCCGAUGGUUUAUUGUACCAUAACAGUUGCUUUGCAAAAGUGAAUGUUUUAUUCUGAUUGAAGAAUCAUUUUCAUGCUAACAAAUUGCAGGCUGAAACAGGUGGUGAUGACACAGGGCUGUUUCUGUGUGGUGGAAAUACUUGGGUAGGUCAAUUGAAUGCAAUUCCAAGUGCCAGUCCACAGUUACAAAGACUGAGUUGGAUGGGCCCCGGGGGAAAGUAGCCAACAAAAUGGGAUGCCGUUUGGAUGCUACAGCACUUACCAUUUCACAAAGAAAAUCAAACAUGUAGUGGACCAAACUGAAUAGCAAUGUCCAUUAUUGCUUCCAUAGACUAUUUCUCAUCUCCUUUCCUGACUAAAUGGGAGAGAAGCGUUUGGUGGAAGAUCCGGUCAGCUGUAUGUUCUGUCUGCUUCUGCUUUGGUUGUUUGCGCCGUGUCCUCUGCUGGCUAGGUCACUUAUGGAGGGAAAAGUGAACAGGUAAAACCCCGCUUUGUCUCGGACAGGUAAACGAAAGACAGAAACUCAUAGCAACACUGAAUUCACUCGUAGGGCAUUUUGUAUUUAGGUGAAUUCAAAAUGUUAUACUUUUGUAGCUAUUUGCAGUUAUGCAAAUAAAGAAAAAGGGUUGUCUUGUGUGCAAAUGUUAAAUAUUGUUUAUUUAUUUUCUUUUAUUUUUUACAACCCAAUAAUUCACAUUUGUUUGGGGUUUUUUUGGGGGUGGGGGGGGGUCUAAUUCAGGAAUUUUCCAUCCACAGAUAUUUUUCUAUAAAGCUAAAUCAGAGGAUUCUAUACACUGGCGUUAAACGCUGUACAGAUUUAACAUAUGCUGUAUUUCAUGUCAAAUCUCCUGAAAUUGUAGAGCAUUAUUAUUGUACUUUCAGUUGAAGUAGUGAUUACUAGCAUGAGGUUGUAAUGGAGGUCAUUUCACAACGUUCAGGGGGGUCUCCGUUGUUUUGUAAUACUUUUUAAAAAGAUCUUACAAAGUGGAUUUUUUGUAAAAGAAAUUAUUUUAGAAUCACUGCAUAGCACAUAGUCUUUCUCUCACACAAACAAACCCCCCGCACAAAAUACAUUACGCUGGAGAGUUCUGUAUGUCCUGCAGUCAGGCCCUUGUGUUUGAACUCUCUUAUUGUAGGGUGUUUUAAUUCAGAAUAAUUUCCCUUUUACUUAAACUGUCUCUGCGCCCUGUCAGUAUCUCAAAGGAGAACAGGUUUAACGUGCCUGUUGGUAAAAAGGCGCUAGAUGGCCAAGCUUCAAAAUCUAAUAUGGCUGUAUGGUAAAAAAAAAAAAUUAAAAGUAUAUGAUCAAAUACUUUGUUGGUCUUAGCAGCAUGGUUACUAUUUAGUAUAAAAAUGAAAACUGUAGAAAUUGUAGCGUCUGACUUUUACAACUGGCUAAAAACGGAAACCUACUUGGACUUACACAUUGUUUUCGGAACAAUGUUGAUGUGUCCGUUGAAUCUUUUCCUAUUCUUAGUAUAUUUGACAAGGUCACACUACUGGGUUGAACCAGCGGUUGUGUAAUGAGAUUACGUUUUUUUUUACUAAAAGCGCAACAAAAAGAAAGUGUUGCACCAUUCACUGCACAAAAGCCACAUAUCAUUCAUUAACUAAGACACUUUCUAUUACGUCUUUUCAUCAUUAGGAUAUCAGCCAUUAAAGAUGAAAUUUUACUUUUGCUGAAGUGAAUUUUUUGGUAACCCAAAUUCUCCCUACAUUUUUCCACUCGAAGAUCAGCACGGAGCAGUUUGUAAACCAAAAUGAUGUGAGGGGGUUACUGGUUACCUCUUCAGAAAGCUUUAAUAUGCUUUUUGUGGCUUGAACCAAUAAUUUGUAUAUGUCAGUUCAGAAUCUAGCAUUAUAUAUUCAUUUUAAUCAGCAACAGUUUGCGGUUGAUGUUUUCGCAUCCUGGUCACUUGUGUAUGCGGGCGCGUACGUAUGUAUGGAUGUGAGUGUGCGUGUCCCACAUUGUAUGUUUUUUUCAGGAAGGAUAAGAGAUUAUUGACAUGGGGUUCCCUAGCACUUGGGUUGCGCUAGACAUUUUUCGAACCUGCCUCCAUUGGCCUUGGGGUUGGCUUGUUUCUGUUUAAUAUUUGUGUUCUCCCUCUUUUUUUCCUAGCGUGUCAUGUUGUCUGUUCACUGUGGGACAGCCCAUUACACAACAUGGAGAAGCAAUAUCACUGUAAUAAACGUUCACUAUGUAGUGUUGUUAUUAUUGUUACCAUUAUCAUCAUUAUAAUUAUUCACUUGCACCCUAGGUGUGAUCAUUGAAGUAAAUCUCUUUUAUACAAACACACAA